GUUACUGUAUGGCUGACCAUGGUUUAACUGCGAAUGCAAAUGUCCAGUCGCUUGGCCGCGGCGUACUGUUUCCGCUGCUGCGCCUGGUGGCCGACCAUCGUGACGUGGGCGAACACGUUCUUAAAUGGUUGACGCGGCGCCAAGCCCUGCUGCUAGCUGGCGUAUGCACGACUUUUGCAAACCGAGUUUCGGAAGCCCUGGCCACGCCUCGGUUUCCCUUCCGCCCCGCCGUUAUUGCGGGCGCGGGCGACCCUGGGCGCUUAGUCGAGAUUGAUGCCCUUCUAUACCUGCUUGACGGCAUUGAGGGGGCCAGCACCAGCACCAGUACCACCAGCAACUGCCAACGGUGUGUCAUGUGGAACGCCGCCCGUGAGCGGCCCUUCCGUGCCACCCGUGAGAGCAAAGGAGGCGACUCCACGGACAGUGACAACGAUGGCGGUGGCGACAUCAGCCACGGCGGUGGCGACGUCAGCAGCGGCGAUGGCGACGGCAGUGACGGCGAUGGCGACGGCAGGGACGGCGAUGGCGACGGCAGGGACGGCGAUGGCGACGGCAGGGACGGCGAUGGCGAUAGCGACGGCGGCGAAGCUGGGCCGGGCACUAGCAAUGGCCACGCUACGAACACUGGCGCGGGACCCGGCAGUGUUUCCGGGCCGCAAGCUAACCGCGACGCGCCCAAACGCCUUCCGCCUAACAGCUCGCCAUGGCUGACUGGCGUCACGGUGGGACCGCCAGGGUGGGAGGAGGCGCGCCACCAGUGGGCGGCCGCGGCCGCGGCGCAACGCACUGCCAAGGACGAAGCAGCCGCAGCAAGAGGCGCAGCCGCGAUAGCAGCUGAGGCCCCCAGGCGCGCAGCGGCAGCGGCGGCGCAGCCGCCACCGCCGCAGCGGCGCUGGCCGGCACUGCACCCUUCCUCGGCCCCCACGCCGCCGCUCACGCUGUACGCCUGCCACUACGAGGCGCCGGGCGUUGUGGCCUAUGACGGCACCAGCCUGCUGCCACUGGGGCUGCUGGUGCGACUGCCGGGGGACGAAAUGGGCAUGCCCGAGGGCAUUGGCGCUUCACACGAUCGGCUGUACGUGGUCAACGCGCACGAUACCCGGGUGGCCUGCAUCUCGCUGCAACCGCCUGGGCCGCGCCACCGCAGUAGCAACAGCACCAACAGCAGUAGCAGCACCGGCAGCGGCCAUGAGACCGAGCGGCUGGGGGGCGGCGGCGGCGGCGUGGGCUGCUGGCGCCUGGACUCGGCGCCGCGGACGCCCUUCGGGCAGGGCGUGGUGCUGUUCACGGUGGUGUGCGGGCGCGGCUGGACGUCCUGGGGCCUGGAGCUGGGGCCCCUGCCCUGGCAGCUGCCGCCAGAGUCGGCGCCGCACCACGUCCACCAGCGCCUGGCGCCGCUCAGCUACCACGCCUUCUGCGCGGUGGGCCGGGCAGCGGCGCGUGUGGGCGAGGCGCACGGCGUGGCGACGCGCGAGGCUGUUGCGUUGACGCCAGCCGCCGCGCAAGGGUCGGCUGUUGCUGCUGAAGCUGCACGUGCGCCUGCGGCGGCGGCGGCGGCGGCGGCGCUGUAUAUCGCCGCGGACCGCGAUUAUAAGGUGGCCCGUGGCUGCACGUACAGCAACGCGCCGCCUCCCCGCACCAACGGCGUCAUCAUUUGCGUGCCGCUGGCCUGGAUGCACGACAUGGCGGCGCGCACCGCCGCUACCAGUUCCGGCGGUGUCCUGUACGAACCCCAGGCCGGCCAUGACGGGCCCUUCUUCUACUCGCCGCCGCCGGCUGGGGUGCAGGCAGUGGCGCAAGCUGCCACCGCGGCAGGGGCGCCUGCGGCGCCGGCGCAGGAAGCGCGGGCGAGGGUGUCAGCGGCCAAUGUGGAGAGGCAUGCGGUGCUUCGGCGGCCGUCGGGGCUGCGGCUGUCGCCGUGCGGCCGCAGCCUGUGGACGACGUCGUACGACGGCGGGCUUGUGGAGCUGGCCGGGCCGAUGCAGCGCGGGCCGUGGCCCGCUGGUCAGGUGCCGCCCGGCACCGUGCUACGCGUGCUGCCGCUGCCCCUGCCGCUGCGGGUGCCGACAGAGGGGGGUCCGGGGGCGUGGCGCCGUCGCGGUCGAGGCCAAGGCCACGGGCGCGGACAAGGCGGCCGCGGUCGGGGCAGGGGCGCGGUAAUGCUGCCAUGGGAUGUGGCGUUUGUGCCGCGCAACCACUUGCGUGAAACGGUGACGCGUGAGCAGCAGCGUCAACAGCAAGGGCAGGAGUUGGAGGGCGUGGCGGCGCAGGGGCAGGAAGGGCCUGGUGCAGCCAGCGCUGGUGGGGGCCAGUCGUCCCACACACUGUGCGUGACGCUGCACGAGGAUACUUCGCAGCACAAGCGGCCUCGCAAGGCGGCGGAGCUGAGGCUGGGGAUUGUGCUCCAGCAUCAGAGCGGCUGUGACGGUAUCGGUGACCACAGUGCAGGGUCGGUGGCAGCAGGGGAGGUGGGGGUGCGGAUUGUCAUGCGGCGGCCCCCCACCGCAGACGUGUCGCACAUCAACAACGUAUGCGUAUGCUGAACGCUUGGUGAAAAACUUGCUGUUGAUAGCGUAUAUAUGCCCUAGUGUUUGGUGCUAAAACGUUCGGUCCUGUGUGGACUGCGUCGAGUUUGCAAGCUGGGACAGCUUGACAUAAAUUGAAAGCUCAUCAAACCG